GGCGCUACCGCGAAAACAGAUCCAGACUCUGCUGUGCGGCCCUCAUCAAAAUCCGCUCUUGCCCUUCCACGUGCGAUCACUGCAUCUUCCCGGCAAACGCUCAGCCGCGGGCGACUCCGCAGUGGUACGGCCGGCGAAUCCGCUGCCACCGCUGGCGUAGAUGAGGUACUAGCGGUAUCACUCCAUUUCUUGCGCGACUAUUUCCGUCUGCACGCGGAGCCGGGAUGGACUAUCCAGAACUUGGCUGACAAUCGGCGCGAGAUAAUGCAAGGAAAACGCACUCGCGGCGACGCCCCUGCUUUCGUCACGAAGUUGCUAGAAUCCCGUGAGCCGCAUUGGAUGGAUUCCCGCUGUCCUAUGGUAGUUGGCGAACGCAGCCUUGGGCCGCAAUUUUCCGCACUCUGUGCCCAUAAUGCAUUUGAUGAGACUGCCGACGAGGAGAACUCUUGCGGGGGCGCACCAGAUCUUCGAGUCCAGCCUUACGCGCCAUCAAAUGCUUUCCCAUCAUCAACUACCACGCCUUCUGGGUUCUAUUACUUAUGCGUGUCCUGGAGCGUCACGUGCGACGUUUUGCUAGCAUACCUCGAACGCCAUGCGCUAGAAAACUCUUUCGACGAGCGCUACUAUUUUGACCUUUUCUGUGGAAAGGACUUUCAGGCUGGCUUCCGCAACGUGGACCGAACACUUCAGAGGUGUUGUGCGGAACGCGGGUUAUUACUCAUAGCUGACGCCGACUGGUACGAAAACUGCUGGAUCAUACACGAAAUCAACUCCGCAGCACAAAACUCUGUGCCAGUGACGCUCCUAGGACCGGAAAAUCGUAGACUAGCUCCUUUUAAUAUUUAAUCCUCAUUCAUCGCCUCAUCCUCUUGAGACUUACAGAGCCAUCCAGCCAUCUUGUCCAUCUCCAUUGGAACCCUAAAAAUACACUCAAAACUCAGUACCUAAGAGUCGUCCCUUGCUAUUGCUUAGGUUGAUAAUUCCGUUAAUGCAAUUACAAAGCGACAGAAUGUACUAGUACAGCCCAACUAAUAAUUAAAUCUGCAGAAACCUUCACAUUUUGGGAGCAGCAAGUGGAGCGGAUUGACAUUCCCGCGGCCGACGACCCCGCGGCCAAGUACCUUCUUCGGACGGGUGGGACAGAGGUUGAGCGCAUGUUAAUUGCCUUAAAAAAGUUUGUGCGGCGUGUUGUCUAUUCUCAAGUCCUGGUACAGCUAGCACGCGGAAAGGGACACGGCGCGGCAGAGCUUGUGGGUGAUGCAGCUGGCGUGGCGGUUGGUGCUGAGACAACAUCCAGCAGCAGCUCGGCGUCCAGUAACAAUUCCGCGAAAGCAGAAGAAAAAGCGCGCCGAGCAGAGUUUCUGACGAAGCAAGCGGCAGCAGACGCGGCAAGGGAACAGAUUGCGACUUUAGAGGAUUGUCGACGGUGUAUUGCAGAGGGAGCGAACGUGGAGUCAGGUUUAGCGGAGGAAAUUGCGGCUUUCCACGGUCGUGAUGACAUCACGAAGGCGUGUUUUGCUGCCCGCGUUGGAGAUGACCUAGCCGCAGUACACGACAAGCUUUUUGAAAUGGAUGCCUUUUUCGAUCUAAGCGAAUCCCUCGCAAAAGGCUGCGAGGCGAUGGAAGAGGUGGCUCAGUGCCGAGGUGCUAAAGCUCCGGCAGCUGCUGGCCUUGAAGAGACUCAGGAGAACGAAGAUGUCAACGGCGAAGACCACAACUUCGGUAAGAAAGAACACCACGCUGGCGGUGACCGAGACGAAACGGGCGGCUCUGCAUCCUCUUCGAACGACACAGGGCCAUCUAGCACAGAGGCAGCUGCGGUUUUUGAGUACCCGGACGGAGUCAAUUGGGGAGCCGAAAAACGCAAAAUUAUUGCGUCGUGUCGGAGUAAGGGCAAACAAGAGCUGCUUCGCACAGAUAGCCGAGAGGAUGUAACAAAGGAGAUUUCGCCAAGAAGUGCAGUCGACGCCAAAAAAUCUCCGCGUGACAACGCAGCUAGAUCAUUAGGGCAGAAAAAGAAUUCAAAGGGCACAUCGGAAUCGGUAACGGAGCAGGGCAACAAAGGAAACAAACCUUCGAGAGGCCGAGGUAGAAGACGAGGCAAUAAUAAAGGCAAGAAAGUAAGAAUAUCCGCCUCGACCGGUGAACCACCUCAACGGACCGUUCGCUCCUCGUCCGGCGAGUGCGUUUACUCCGACUCGGUGGACGAAGACGGGGCCGAUGCCGCAGGAGUUGCACUAAAAACGCCGCGAAAUAGAAAUCGAGACGAGGGAGCAGCAGCACGGCAGCGGCUUAAGGAAGUGAGCGCGCUGAGGAAACGGCAAAGAGAAGCCGAUCGAAUCGGUGUGGGAUCACCCUUGGAUGAGGAUCGGGAACGCAACAAAAGACAUGUGCAAGCGACUUACGGGCGCAAAAAUGCUGCACCGCUGCACACCGACGGCGUAGCACGAGUUUUGCACACGGAAAUGGAGGCGCAACCGACUCUGACCCUUGGCGACGGUCAGGACUCGAUGGCAGACUUCUUCUCUCCAGUGAAAUUUGAACGAUUCGGAAACAACAAUGAUGGAACGCUGGCGAUCGACCUUGCUGCUCAGCACAGCCCUGGAAUGACGAUGCUCCAAGACGUGGACGCGACAGCGAAAUCAACGCUGAUGACCUCGAACCCGCAUGAGCAGCAAAUGAUGCGUAGCUCCUCUAGCUCUGCCUACAGCGGUGGGUCAAUGCUGAAUCGCUACCUCAUGGACAACACUGCUGUCUUCGACUCUACCCUCAGAGAUGUCGACGACGCACCGUUUGCAACUGGUGCGUUCAGCAAUCUCUACGCCACCAACGAUAUCAGUCCCCUAAGCGCAGCAGCAGAAGCUGCAUUUGGUGGCAUGGGACAUGGGGGAAGUUUUCCUUCAGAUUCUGGAUUCACGCUAGGCCCAGUCAACGAAAGGGUCAUGCGCCAAGGCAAGUACGUGAGUGGCAAGAAGGCGGACGUUGCUGACAACCUGUUGCGACGUUUCAAUCGCUCCUUCUAUAUGACGCAAGAGUCCCAAGGAUUUCGACAUUCGACACGAUUCGAAGGUUUCGAGAAUGGCGACGAGAAUCGUGGAGACACUCCCACUGGCGGCGAAACCGGAGGAGUGGCUGGCAAAAAUAUGAAUAGUUAAGUGCUGGCUCGGAGUUGGAAUUCGAAUUCCAGAAUUCAUGUACCUACUACAUUUGUUUCCGGAGUUCUUAAUACUACAUUUCUUCUUGCUCCCUUAAUAAUCUAUUUGAUGAAUUGGGUGCAGCAAGCUGCAGAACGAGAGUCUUUAAUGAUGGUAAGUAGAUUCAUUGCUUGAAGAAGUUUUCAUGGACAUGUAUGCUUAAACGUUCUGCUUCUGGUGCGUCGCUAAAUCAAGCACCACAACAUCUAAGCGUAGAUCAAAGGAGCUGGCGCGUCAUCAAAAAGGAAAGCCAGGGUUCUUGGCAGUAGUGGUCCUCAUCUGUUUUACAGUGAUUCUACUAGCGCACCCGUUUUUGACCUCGACAGUGCACGCGCGAAAUGGACGUCAAUGAAAAAUUGCUCACCUCUCGACCCGGCGCAAUUCAAGUUUGCAGGAAUGUUUUCGCCCGACGGCACUGCGCACACCCAAGCCGCAUCCACCGCACGGCAGCGGCGAACGACGAAGACGCAAUUAGACACAACAAUUGAAGAGGUCAAGGUGGACGACGGGACUAUGGAGUCGUAGCAAAAUUGGCUGGGUGCUUUCUUGAAGCACGAUGAAAGGAAGCGUGCAAAACGAGUCAUCUUGAUUGGGCUCUUCGCUGAUGAUUAUGUUCUUCUUGAUUUAAGUGCUCGAUAGCAUGACGUUGCUACUUUCUCUGACAUGAUCUCGAUUACUCCAACAUUUCCUUACGCUAAGGCUCAUCAUGGCAUCAAACUCCGACUCUUUCUAUGGCUUGCUCCAAUCUCAAGGGCCACUCCGAGUAGUUGAAACGCAUGUUCUUGUAUAGUACGCUUCUUGUUGACAUUGACUGUCUUCGUCCUUGCAAUUGUAAAACCGCGCUGUAUAUCGGCAAUCUUGUUUCUUGUCACGACUACUCCUUGUUUUGUUGAAAUGUACCAUUUGAAUUUGUUGCCCGCUCCGUGCAUGAUUCACACUCAACAUCCAGCCAUGAAUAUUUAAGCUAUUACAUUUUCUUUUUGCCAAUUGCAAUUGGUUGCCCCUUAUAUCCACCUCGCUCAUCAUCAUCAGUUCCCCUAAAUGAAAUAUCGAAGCAUGAUCGAUAGAUGAUCAGAUCAUGCUCUACAACAAUCAUAUCAUAUUGUAUGCUAUGACUCGAUAAGCUUCCACCUCCACCAUGGCGGCACGACACAAUUACAUUCACAUUUUCAGCCGUUUGGUUUUGAAUGUUUCUUGGUUUUGUAGUCUGGUUUUCUCAAUGAUCCGAGACCGACCUUGAAUGACAGAGUUCUCUCUGUCAACCUUCUUGAACAGCGCCUACACAUCCCCGCGACCUGCACGCAUAGUUUCCUCUUACCGACUCCGACUUUCACGCGUGACGAUAAAAACUAGUUUGUUGACGAUGGUCAUCGCAGCGCCUUGACGUUAACUCAACUAAACAAUUAGAAACGGAACCAAAAUCAUAAUUUUCUUCGGUAUAACAUUGACACCAACCAGAGCUGUCCGGCGUGAAGUGAGACGCUAAAUCCAUAAUACGCACCAUGGUGUAUUCCCGCGCCGCCGCGGCCGAUAAAAUCAACGAGGCUCCUAGAACUCUAUGUAGAAACCCAGAAG